CACCCCUUUAGCCCAAGGCCUGGCUGGACCUCCUGCCCCACUGGGCAAAUGCUCAUGGGUUCUGGGCCCCUGAGUACCAUACCAGCACAGUCCCUCGCUUGGACAGCACUCCCCAUCCUUCCUCAAGAUGUAGCAUGCACCCAGCUUCCUUGGCUUGCCUGGGACUGAAAGCCCAUUUGGUAGAUGGGACGUCCCAGCUCCUUCUGAGGAGUUCUGAUCUCCUGACUCCCUCUAGGGAGGUGUGCUGAAGGUGGCUUUGGGUUUCCACCCACUGGAAGCUCCAUUUGCAUCUUGCAGGGCAAGGGCUGGGCUGGCUGCCUGUGCUAGCCCCUCCUCCCAGCCACUGGGGGACCACCCUAGGCCUGACCCCUCAUGAGGUCCCUAGUUCUGCCAACUGGGACGUCUUCUCCGUACGGAUGGUGAAGAAGGCCUUGAGGGCACAGUGUCACAAACCCUGGGCCAGGAUGGUCCCUAGCAUGACCUGAGCCUGGCCCAACUCAGCUCUACCAGGCUGCCAGUGACUCAGAAGGGUGGGGGUGGGAACAGCCAUGGGUAUAAGGAGAAGCCAAGGCGUCAUCAUUGUCCUCACCCUGACAACAUGCGGCUUCUCGGUGGACUGCUGAUGGCCAUGGUUUUGACCCUGGUGCUAGCUACAGCCCAGGGCCUCCAGUGCCACCGGUGCAAGGGUUUCGGAGGAUGUUCCCACGUGUUCAGCUGUUCAGGGAGCUCCACACACUGCGUCAUCAUUGCCACACGGUCCCCCAUCAGCUUUACAGACCUGCCUCUGGUCACCAAGAUGUGCUACAGAGGCUGCCCCGAUGUCUCCAGCCUGGGGUUGGGUCCCCAUGUGUCUGUCGCCUGCUGCCAGUCCAGUCUCUGCAACCAUGACUGAGCACCUCUUCCCCAGCCAGGCCUGGCUCUGAAGGCCCUCACAGCAGGUCUGGCUCACAUUGCUCUGAACCCAUUCUUCCUUGAGAAGUCCUGCAAGAAGUCUUGCCCAAAUCCACCUCACUAUAAUCUGGAAGCCCUCCCUGCAUGACACCUCCCCGCUCCUGACAAACACCCCCAAUAAAAUGUGACCAAAUCA